AUGCACACAGAGCAAGCACGCAUGACAGUCGAGCCGCCGAGUGUACAUCAGACAGAACAACACCUUGCGAAGACCCAGAAUGAGCCCCAGCAAAGGUCGAGGAUGUCAAUAGACGAUGUGACCCCGAGUAGACAAAGCGCGCAGGAUGGCGAGCCGGAGCCUCUGAGAGGGGGAUGCAUACCAUGCCCAGAUGGCGGCUGCUGCUGGAUCAUCCCGCUCCCCUGCCUCUGA